AGAAAAAUUAUUAAGAUGUACGUCUCUGUGUGAAACGAGCCUAAGAGAUUUGAUAUAUUCUGUAGUCUAAUUCAAACAAAUCAAAAUAAUAUUUUUGGUAUUUUGUUGAACCGUAUAUUGAUCAAAGUCAAUUGAUAUGAUAUAGCUUAUUUUCUGAUAUAAUGUUUGUCAAUAUUAAGAAAAGUUGGACAAAGUUUCAUGAUUUGAAAAAUUUGGUUAUGGCUGGAACUAGGAGCACCCCUUCUUUGUCCACUUCUACUGAUUCUAAUAUAAUUGAAGUUAUUAAUAACUUGAAAGAAGGGAAUGUUGAAAAUAAUGGGAAAGAAUUACUGGUAUUGCUGAAAGGAACACAUUAUGCAAAAAUUUGUUUUAAGAAAAAUAAGCAAACUUAUGACUUGCAACACACUGAAAUUCCUGAUGAAUACCAAGGAAAGGGUUUAGGAUCCAUUUUUGCUGAGAAAAUAUUGAGUCAUCUGAUUGAACAAGACAAAACAGUGAAAAUAAAAUUAUCCUGUGAAUACUUGCAACACUUUUGUGAGAAAAAUAAAAUGAAAUAUGAUAGUUAUAUAGAGAAAUAGAUCUUAUGCAAUAAAACAGUUCAUUGAUAACUAAGAUUUUCAUUUCACAAUGGAUAUGGAAGAACUUAAAGUUAAUAUAUUUUACUUCUUUAGAGAAAAAUUUUACACUUCAGCAUUGAACGCAUCAAAAGAAGGGAUUGGAAAAUUUAAAGGAAAUUCUUGUUUCCACCUAUUUCAUGCCUUAGCAUUGGUGUCAAACAAUCAUAUUGAAGAGGGUAUUCAAGUCCUCGAGUCAAUUAUAUCAGAAAAUGAUAUAAAAUUGUCAGUUAUUAUAGCACUAAUGUAUAGUAAUAAGUUGCUGGGUGUAUCUAAUAAAGAAGUAUAUUUCAAGUUAGAUGCCCAAAUGAAGGAAACUAGAAAAGUUGCUGAACCUAUUGAUUUUUUUUAUUCUGGAUUUGUUUUGUUUGCAUUGAAUAAAUUGGAGAAAUCGUUAGAUUACUUGGAUAAAGCCUUGACUUUGCAAUCAGGUCUUUUAGAAUGUUGGACUUUGAAAGGCUGGGUUUUGUUAGAACUGAAAAAAUCUGGGAAGAAAUCGGUGGCUAUCAUAUCAGAAGUUUUUCUACAAUCUCUUCAGUCAAGACCCAACCUUGAUUCUUUCUUAGGACUUGGAGAAGCUUAUUUGUAUGAAAAUAAUUAUGAGGAAGCUCAGUCUGUUGCUAAUAAGACUGUAGUCAGAUAUCCAAAUAUGGAUCUUCCUCUUUUACUGAAGUUGAAAGUACAGUUGGCUAUGCAAGAGUGGGAUCAUAUUGAUGAAACUUUGAGCAGAAUCCUGACACUGAAUAAUAACUCCUUGGAUGCAUUAAGAACGUUAAUAUUAAUUACAAUUUGCCGUGAUGCUAACUAUAAUGAAGCUAUUAAGUCUAUCAAAAAAUUCAUGUCAGUUUUUGAUUGUAUAGAACCAAAAAAUGGUCCCUUUUUAUUGGAAACUGCAAAAUUAUUUUCUGAGGUGUGUGAAGGAAAUGCAGAUGUUCUUCAAGAAACUUAUACCAUGAUGGAAGAAGCUGCUCGUAAUUUUCCUGAUAAUGCAAAUUUUUUUUGUGAACUUGGCUUUCACUGUCUAAUACAAAACGAAAUAAAAGGUGCUUCACGAUUCUUUAAAAGUGCUCUCAAAAUCGAACAUUCAUCGACCAAAGCAUUAAUUGGUUCGAUAAUUGUUGAUCUUGAACAGAAUGGGGUUUCAGAACAGUUGAAAGAAAAAAUUGAGCAUCUGCUUGACAUAAAAGGAGCUCAAAAUUCUUCAAUCACUAUGUUACUCAAAGCUAAGAUGAGUGAAACUGAGGAAGAAGCCAUUAGUUGUUUGAACAAAGCAUCUGAUUAUCAUUUGAAUCCCUUAAAACAUUAUCCCUAUUCAGUUAGUUUCCUCAAAUAUUUGAAUCCACAUUUUAUGCUUCAAUUAGCAAAGGAAUAUUUGAAAUAUAUUCCAUUUGUUUCCGAUUUUACCUACACUAUUAAACCACGAACUCCUAGUGCUGUGGCAAUAGCUGUAGAAAAUAUUUUGACUAUUUUGCAUAAAGCUUGCUCUGGAAUGGUGGAGCCGCUAUUUCUUUUAGCGAAAAUUCAGUAUCAUCUUAUUGGAGAUGUGAAUAAUGCUACUGCAAAUCUUGAAAUCUUAUUGAAAAAAGAUAAUUUACCUAGUGAAGCCUAUCUUCUCAUGGCACAGAUACAAAUUUGCAAUGGAACUUAUGAGAGAGCGUCACAGAUUUUAGAAGAAGGUUUGAGUAUUGACUUCAAAUUGAGGGAAAAUCCAAUAUAUCACUUUAUUAAUGGAAUUAUACAAAAAAGAAUGAACACUCUGCAAGAAUCAAUAAAAUCACUAACUACUGCAAUUUCAAUUAUCUCAGAAAAACAAUCAAAGGAUUCUAAAUUACAAGCAUACAACAUAGAUAUAAAUGAAAAAGCGGCAAUAUUUAUAGAGCUAAUAGAUGCUCAUAAUCAAAUUGGACAAGUUGAUGAAGCAAUGAAACUCCUUGAAGAAGCCACUGAAGAACUUCAAAAAACACCUGAAGAAUCAAGAAUUGUUCUGCUGUGUGCUGAACAGGCUGUGAAUCAUAAUAAUAUACAAGGUGCGCUUGAGUUACUAGGCAAGGUUGACAGUUCAGAUCCUUAUUAUUCUCAAGCAAGGACCAGGUUUGCAAAUAUUCUUUUGGAAUUCAGAAAGGAUAAACAUGCUUAUUUAGAUUGCUAUUUAGAAAUGGUCAGUGAAAAUGCUUGCAUAGAAACGUACAUGCUAUUGGGUGAUGCAUAUAUGACAGUAUUAGAACCUGAUUUAGCUAUAGAGACUUAUCAAAAAGCUCUGAAAGAAAAUCCAAGAGAUCCAUAUAUCAAUCAGAAGAUGGGAGAAACUCUGGUUUUUGCACAUUAUUUCCAUAAAGCUGUAGAUUUCUAUAAAGAAGCAAUAGAACUGACCAAUCAUGCAGAUUUGAAACUACAAUUAGCUCAUCUAUAUAUGCAAAUGAGGGAAUUCAUCAAAGCUGAGCAUCUUCUCAUUAGCGAAAUUGAAGUUGAAAGCACCAAUAACAUUGACGAUUUGAAUUUUCUUCAAUAUAAGACCAAACUAUUGAAUUUAUUGGCUACUAUCCAAGAGAAGGCAGGGAAUAAAGCAGGAGCACUCAUUACUCUGAAGGAUGCCAGAGAUAAUCAAAAUAGAGUGAAAAAACGUUUAGCAAUAGAGUUGCCAAGAGUCCCACAAAGUGAAAUUGACAUUUUGGUAUCUAUUUACACCAAACUGGCAGAAAUGUCUAUCCAAAACAAGGAUAAUGAUGAAGCUAUUAAUUAUUACAAAGAAGCUUGUGAAGUUCAACCAGAAAAUGUAUCUAUAUUAGGUGCCUUAGCUAAACUUUAUAUUCAGAUGAAUGCUUUGGAAUUAUGUCAGCAAACUUGUGGAACUAUUUUGGACAUAGACAGUGAAAAUGAAGAGGCAUCACUUUUAAUGGCAGAUAUUGCAUUUCACAAGGUUGAUUUUGACAUGGCGUUAUUUCACUUCACUCAGUUACUUGCAAAACAACCCACCAAUUGGAAUGCCCUAGUGAGAUUGGUAGAGGUUAUGCGCAGAACAGGAAAUUUGGAAGAUUUGCCUGAAUAUCUUAAUAAUGCAGAAAAUAUGUGUGAGAAUCCGUUGAAAGAAGGAGGAUUAUUAUACUCUAAGGCUCUUUAUCAAUGGUAUGCCGGUAAUUUGAAUAGUGCUUUGAGGAACUUCAAUAUUACUAGACAGGAUUUAGAUUGGGGUUUAGAUUCAAUUUAUAAUAUGAUAGAAAUAUGUUUGAAUCCAGAAGAUGACAUGUUAACUGAUCAGUUGAUGGAUAAUGAUGAUUUGGAAUAUAGAGAUUCUAGAUCUAUGGCAUUGAAAACAGCUGAUCGCUUAUUGAAAGAAUUGAAGCAGAAACUGGGUGAAAGUGUUCUCAAAUAUAAGCUUAUGUUGAAUUUUCGGCUUUUGGCUACCAAAGAGAAACCUUUGGUGGAGCAGGGUUUGGAAGCGUUCAUUGCACUAGCCUCACAAAAUGUCUACAAAGACAAUAUUGGUGUUAUUUUGGGCAUGUCUACUGCUUAUACCCUCUUGAAACAGUCACAAAGAGCUAAAAAUCAACUGAAAAGAGUUGUUAAAAACUCGUGGACAUUUGAGGAUGCAGAAUAUUUAGAGAAAUGUUGGCUGCUUCUAGCUGAUUACUAUAUCCAAUCUGGAAAAUAUGAUAUGGCCUCUGAUUUAUUAGCUAAGGUAACUUAUUAUAACAAAAGCUCCAGAAAGGCUUAUGAAUAUCUUGGUUAUGUAUCUGAGAAGGAACAGAAAUAUAAGGAUGCUGCUGCUAACUAUGAAUUGGCCUUUAAAUAUACAGGAAAGAGUAAUGCUUCUAUUGGUUACAAGUUAGCAUAUGCUCAUUUGAAAUCGAAAAAUUACCCUGAUGCAGUCGAUGUUGCCCAGCAAGUUAUCAAGCUAAAUCCUGAAUAUUCAUUAAGGAUAAAAAAGGAUAUUCUUGAUAAAUCGAUGAGUAAUCUCAGAGUGUAAGAAGUUUACGUAAUGCAAUUAAAAUAUUACUGAUUGUACUAGAACGUUUUUGACAUAUGUCUGUAAUCAUUAAUUUUUAGUUACGAUGUUUGAUGCACAAUGCACAAUUUAAUUUUUAUCAUGUGAUAUUUGAAAUCAAUCCGUCCAAGUUGUAUUAAUGUUUUUAAGUGGAUAAAUAAAUCAAUAAAAGUCUGAAGUGAU